AAGUAACAUGAGAGUGUGAGGGUGAAGCAGGUCCAUUUCUCUUACUCUAAUACUCUCUCCCUCGUUGUAUCCGCCAUUUGCUUUCUCUGCACUUUCCGAUUCCUUAAACUUUCAAAUCUCAACACUCUCAUUCUCAUUUUUUUUUAUUUUCAGUUGUUUGAAUACAAGUAUGGCUUCUCAUCUUCUCUCCAAUUCCGCCACACUUUCAUUCUCAUAUUCUUUUUCCAAAAACAUCACAACCACUCUCCUCCCUCGCCGUCGUUACCCCGCAUGUACCCGCCGGCGAGUCCCUCCCUUACCGGUGCAAUCUAAGAUCCGAGAAAUCUUCAUGCCCGCACUCAGCUCCACCAUGACGGAGGGCAAAAUCGUCUCAUGGAUCAAAUCUGAGGGCGACACUCUCUCCAAAGGAGACAGCGUCGUCGUCGUCGAAUCCGACAAAGCGGACAUGGACGUCGAAACCUUCUACGACGGCAUCCUCGCCGCCAUCGUCGUAUCCGAAGGCCAAACCGCCCCCGUCGGAGCUCCCAUCGGCUUACUCGCCGAAACUCCCGAAGAAGUCGCCGAAGCCAAAGCCAAAGCCGCCAAGUCCGGUCCCUCUCCGCCGCCGAAGAGCCCUAAUCUUCCUCCGCCGUCUCCUCCACCGGCAAAACCGGUUUCCGAUGCAUCGAGCAAGACCGUGGCCACGCCUCAGGCCAAGAAGCUCGCGAAGCAGCACAAGGUUGACAUUGCAACGGUCGUCGGAACCGGUCCGUUUGGUCGGAUUACUCCGGCGGACGUAGAAGCCGCAGCCGGAAUCAUGCCGUCGAGUAAUGUGGCCCCUCCUCAGGCGACGCCAGCUCCACCAAAACCUGCUUCUGGUUCUGGAGGUUCUUCUGCUCCGACUCCGAUUCCUGGUUCCAGUGUUGUUGCGUUUACUACAAUGCAAUCUGCGGUGGCGAAGAACAUGGUGGAGAGUCUCUCUGUGCCUACGUUCCGUGUUGGGUACCCUGUGACUACUGAUGCGUUGGAUGCUCUGUAUGAAAGGGUGAAACCGAAGGGUGUGACUAUGACGGCUAUUUUGGCUAAGGCUGCUGCAAUGGCACUUGUUCAGCACCCUGUUGUCAAUGCUACCUGCAAAGAUGGCAAAAACUUUGCUUAUAACAGUAACAUCAAUGUUGCUGUUGCUGUGGCAAUCAAUGGUGGCUUGAUCACCCCAGUUCUCCAGGAUGCGGAUAAGUUGGACUUGUAUCUGUUAUCCCAAAAAUGGAAGGAAUUAGUGGAGAAAGCUCGUGCAAAGCAGUUGCAACCUCAUGAGUACAAUUCAGGAACUUUCACGCUUUCCAAUUUGGGUAUGUUUGGAGUUGACAGGUUUGAUGCCAUACUUCCACCUGGCCAGGGGGCUAUCAUGGCCGUUGGAGCAUCGAAGCCUACUGUUCUGGCCAAUGCAGAUGGAUUCUUCAGUGUGAAAAAUAAAAUGCUGGUGAAUGUAACAGCUGAUCAUCGAAUAAUAUAUGGGGCUGACCUGGCGGCCUUCCUUCAGACAUUCUCAAAAAUCAUUGAAAAUCCAGAAAGCCUAACAUUGUAGUCAUUCUGUACGUUGACAUAAAAUUAUCUCCACCAGCGGAUCACUAGUCGGCAUUGUUUCUUGAGAAGCUGUUUGGCUCAUUGCCGAACAUUUUGGGUUUCUGUUUUGCACUUUCAGUUUGUUUUAUUUUUCAGAAUCCAUCCCGAGGACCAUUGACCAGGUUUUUUGACAGGGAGAAACGCUUUGAAAGGCGGUGAGGGAUGUUGUAUACGGCAAUUAUGUUGAGAAUCAACGUGUAAGCAAUAAGCACUUUAAAAUGAGCGACUUUGCAAUAAAAAUCUAGCAUAAAUUGGCUUUG